GAGAGAGAGAGAGAGAUCCUCAUUGGUAACAAAAUUGGCAAAAUAUUUUUUUCUGCCCCCUCCACCACUAUUUUCUCCUAGCCUCUCCCUCAUAUUCAAUCACUUGGUAUUGUCCAUGUGGCUUCAUUCGAGGUAGGAUUUCACAGAAACGCCAUCGACAGAGAUAGCCUGGAUGUGGAACCGACGUCUCUCCAGGGUGUUAUACACUGGCUAGCGUCACCAGCCAUAAUGUGGGAACAGCAUAACAAGCUGCAUUGCGUAAACACACAAUGAGAGGUCCCUGAAGAAGAUGUGAGGCGCCAGCAGCUUCACUGCCAGUCCCAGUAGCCUUGCCUCCCUCUGCUGUGUCCGGUGUUGUGGCUCCCUCUGCUGUUGGACUGUGGAAGGUCACGAAGGGCAGACAGGAUGGGAAACAUACUGGAGGAAGGGAUGAACGCCGUCAUCGUGCGCCACUACAACCACUCGGGGAAGUGGGACCGACCCCGCAGCGGCGGGGCCUGCAAGAUGGCCGUGCUGCUCCUCAUCUGCGUGAUGAUAGUCCUGGAGAACGUUACGGUCCUUCUGGCUCUCUGGAGGAACAAGCGCUUCCACAACCGCAUGUACUUCCUCAUCGGCAACCUGGCCCUGUCUGACAUGCUGGCCGGGGUGGCCUACGUAGUGAACAUCUUCACCUCGGGGCGCAACACCUUCUUCCUGACCCCGGCCCAGUGGCUGGCCCGUGAGGGCAGCAUGUUUGUGGCCCUCAGCGCUUCCACAUUCAGCUUGCUGGCCAUCGGGAUCGAGAGACACAUGACUAUGGUGCGUCUGCGUCCAUGUGAGGCAGCGGGCCGUGGGAGACUCUUGGGCCUGCUGGGGGCCUGCUGGGCUGUGUCGGUGCUGCUCAGCGCCCUUCCUAGCCUGGGCUGGAACUGCCUCAAUGACCUGAGCUCCUGCUCAACAGUGCUGCCGCUCUACGCCAAGAGCUACGUGGCCUUCUGCAUCAGCAUCUUCAGCGCCCUUUUAGUGGCCAUCAUCAUCCUCUACAUCAGGAUCUACCGCCUGGUGACCUCCAGCGGGCGCAGGGUAAGCAGCAGGCCCUCGGAGCGCUCUCUGGCCUUGCUGCGGACAGUGGUGAUCGUGCUCGGGGUGUUUGUUAUGUGCUGGGCACCUUUGUUCCUCCUCCUGCUGCUUGACGUGGGCUGCAGCCCGGACCACUGCCCCAUUCUCUACCAUGUGGACUGGUUCAUUGCCCUGGCUGUGCUCAACUCAGCCCUAAACCCCCUCAUAUACACCCUCUCCAGCAGGGAGAUGAGAGCGGCAUUCUUCCGGCUGCUGUGCUGCUGUCAGGCCCACAUGGAGUCCACGGGGACCACCAUGGUGGGCAAUCCCCACCUGGGCACUGUCAUCCCCACAGCGGAGAACAGCAAGUCCAGCCUGGGUGGAGGUGGAGGAGGGAGCACUAUCGCAUGCAAGUCGACUCUGAAUAGAGGAAAGCUUCCUUCACCUCUGACCUCUGACAACAAGCACGGGGACCCCACUGCCCCCACCAUGGCCCACCCCUCAGGGCCAGCCGACCUCCUCUCGGCCGUACUGGUCAAGGCCGGGGCGCUGCCCUCCCUCAGCAAGUUCUGACUGGGCAGAAGUCACCGGGACUUUACAGUCACGUGGAACCGAGUAAGCAGAACUGUUGUGGUCACUGCUACGAGACACUUUCUGUUGGUGCAACGUGGUCAGUGUAGCACGGAUGAAGUAUCGACUGAGUAGCAAGGACUUUUGGUUUGAGCCCACCAAAUCCAUUAAAGCUGACCGCUUUAAGCGGGCGGUAUAGAUUAGAGUGAAACCAGGAUACUGUGACGCCACUAUUAACAGAAAUUAAUAAUAUUCACAGUGACUUUCCAAGUGAAACUGUCGACCUGACCUGAUUCACGUCUACACGUUCUGCGAGACGCGUUGGGCCGUCUGUUUCACAGCCGGGCGGAGAAGAACCGAGCGCCAAGUUGAGAGACGAAAUGAAUCUCGGCUUCAAAGCUGGGUCCGGGCUACAGGCCGCACCCGUGAAACCAGGCCUCGGCUGUGCUUCGGAGAAGUCGUAGCGGAGCAUCGUUUAGCUUUAUCACACUGUUUUUGUCAGUAAUGUCACGCUGUUGUCGGCUUAUUAACGGGGCGCAGAUAAAGUUACUCAGCACUGCUUGUUGUCGCACGUGCUGCGGUUUGCACGGUAGGUGUGCUCGAAUCCCACUCCUCACCGCACGUGUCUGUAAACUAUAUUUAUUUCCAUGUGAACCUCGGACCUGGCGGGACUACGAGCUGUGUGGCACCAGUACUUCUUUGCUUUGUGUGCAUGGGGAGUGUCACGGUACGGGGAGGGAGCUACUGACGGGAGGCGUACUGUGUGUGUGUGUGUGUGUCAGUGCGUGUCAGUGUGUGUGAAAAUGAAUGAGACGCUCCCCCAGACGGGCGGGCGGGCCUUCAGAGGCCUCUCACAGCUCUGCUAACCACUAGUGAGUAGGCGCGCAGGCCUGGCUGCAGCCUGGGCGCAGCAGGUCAGCCAUGGGUGGUGCAGUGCCUAAUACCAUAACAUGCCAACCGAAUAAAGAGCAACUUCCUUUUCAUCACAUCA